GAAUGAGAAAUCAUUCAGUCGCAUUUGGGACUUCAAUAAUUCAAGAUGAGAGCAGCCGUUCUGAUUUUCCUCAUCCUGGGAGCAGUCCUCAUGGCGGAAGCCUUCGACAGCAGACGGUUGCAACCUCAACGAAGACCCUCGGGGAAUUUUCCAACAUUUCCGGGACAGGGUCCUUUCAAUCCCCGACCCAAAUGGCCCGAAGCUUACAACCACCGGUUCAGACGAUCCCCGGAUUACGCCGUCGAAGAUGUUCCGGCAGAAGGAUAUUUUCAACCGGAAGCUCUAUUAGAAGCUGAGGACCCCAUAUGGGCAGCGGAAUAAAAGUUUCUCCAUAAAUAAAUUAUUAUUUGUCUUGGUUUCUUCAAUUAUUAAAAAUCGAAUAUUGUAAUGAAUGUAUUCGGCCGACUGUAUGAACGAUUUUACAAUUGAUGUACAGACAUAUCAAUGUAAUAUUAUCAACAUUAUUUAUAUUAUGUAUACAAUGCUAAAUAGCGAGAAAUAAAAAUUUAUAUUGAAAAA